AGCACAAAUUAUGAUGUUGGUCUUUGGAAUUAUGAAGAAGGUACAGAAGUCGAUCCUAAUUUAUCUUUUCAAGAAACUGAUGAAUAUUUAACAAUAUCGAUGUCUGAGCGACCCUUUAACGAAGAUACUUGGAAUCAAUGGAGGCUCAGUUCUGGAAAUAUUAUUACUGAUCUUUUGGCAAAACAUGCAAACAAAAACGGAUAUCCUCUCAGACCUGAAGUAUGGGGUAUCGUUCGUUGUGGUUUUAAAAUUGCAAAACCGGAAUGGUGUAGCACUGAUGAAUAUGCGGAAAUUCAAAGAUUCACAAGGCGAGCAACUAUUUAUAGUUGUCCACAGAAAUUACUUGAAUCCUUAGGGAAAAACAUUGAGAAAGUUCGGCUUUUAAAUAAUUUUAAUGAAAUUAUCAAGGAAGACAAUAGAAAGCUUAUCUUAGAAGAGCUUAAUACAACCGACAUAAUGUUUCUUCAAGAUCCUUUUGAAAAAAUUUUUAUUAAAAUUUUAUCAAUAUUUCGAAGAGACAUCUUUCCAGAUGACUCGGUAAUUCAACAACCAAAUGUAUCGGAAUCAGAUUAUGGAGGUUACAUGAUUCAUCCUGUUUUGAAAUGUACGCUUUUUGGUCUAGAAAAAUUUUUACAUUAUCACAUAGGAGAGGUAACCUUGUCAUCAGUUAAAUCGUGUCGCGAAAGACGCAGGUGUAUUACCAUGUUUGAACAAAAAGCAGAUGGUGUAUUUCUUGUGCGGUUGAAAAGAUCUUUUAUUGAAGUUGGUCAUCUUGAAAUAAGCGGUGGUUAUGAGUACAAGGAUUUCUCACGGUCAACGUGGGAUGCUUGUUGCAAGUUGCCAAUUGGUAAUGCAUAUAUGCUGGAAGAGAUUGGGGAGCGAUUUCGAGGAGCUUCAUGUGAAACAUUUUCAAAAACAAGUGUUUUUUCUCUGCAUGCUUACGAGAAUCGGAUCGAACUGUGGAGAAUGUAUGUACCAUCUCGUGGAGUUUUACAAUAUGAAAGAACGCAUAGAGCAUUUGUUCCUAUUUGUUUCGAAGAAGAGCGAAAGUAUAUUUUUGAUUUUGUUGUUGUCUUAUGGGAUCUUAGGUGCUGGUUAUUGGAGGUUUCUGAACUCAUUUAUAAAUUACUUGAAGAACAUAACGAUUCGGACGUAAAUAUGUCCAAUCUUUCUUCUGGUAUUCUCCCACCACAUCCAUUUAACCCGCAAAAGAUAAACAUAAAAAAG